CUUAACUCAAUCAAUAAACAAUAGUAUUCUGAUUUGAUUUGCCCCCAAAGAAAAAACCAUUUCUCUUCAUGGAGGCUGCACUUUGCCUUGGCUAUGGCCCUCUGCCAAGCAUUUCCCUUCGCAUGCCUUCCAGCACCAAUGUUACCUCACCAGCCUCCACCAAACUUUAUUUCGGCUAUAACCAUUCUUCUAUGUCAGUUUCUAGCGGUUUUACUAACCGCCGGAAAUGUCAUCAUUUCUAUAGUACCUCCGGACCUCUUGCACUUGACAGAUCUAAUAAUUCAAUGCCUUCUGCAAAAGAGGAUGGUGGGAAGGUUGUUCGAGGGGCUGUAGGGGCUUCUCUAGCUUUGGCUUGUGCUCUAAGUAUCAUCGGUUGCAGCUGCAAGAUGAACCUUAAAGCCAUUGCCGGUCCCAAACAGCAGGUUUAUCGGAAAGCUCCGUCUUUCCAGCAAUUAACACCUCAACCGCCGAAGAAAAUGGCACUGAAGUCAUUGUUGGAUGUGACUGUGAUCCUAACUUCAAAAGAUGAAACAAGGGUGAAGGAGGGUAUUACGUUGACACCGUCGCCUACUCUAAGGCAGCCGUUUCUGUCCAAGCAGCAAAUUGAAGAGCUCAAGCUGGCGGCGGUGGGCCUAAUGAAACGUGGGAAGCCUGAUCAGGCACUGCAGAUGUUGAAGAAUGAACACAAGAGAUUGGACGGUGAGUCCGCUUACGAGAUGAGCAUGGUACUAGCAGAAAUUCUCAUCUCUCAGGGAAAAUACCUAGAAGCCUUGAACUUUUUGCCUGCAGAUCACGAUCAACAUGUUUCGGAAUUUGAUGUUCGGCCUAUUCUUUACAAGGCUAUUGUAUACACCAUGUUGGAUAAAGAAGACGACGCGCAGCGGUUAUGGAAAGAAUUUGCAAAAUCCAGCGAAGUUUCGCCCUCUGGCUCCUAAUUGGCAUAAGAAGACAGGGAGUUGGGGGUAAAAACGAUGGACAAAAGUAAUUUUAUUACAGCACAAGAGGGUCGGACUCCAUGAUCCAAGUUAAGUAGUCUUUCAUGUAUUCAGCCUCUAUGCCAGGGUUGCUGAUAUGAAUGAACCACUAUUCUGUGGUUAGAUUGUACUCCAAAUACGUUGAUGUGAAAAACAAUAUUACUUUGUUCAGUCUUGUUCUAAAUAAGGGCCACAGAUUACAGAUA